AUAGCAUCGCGUUGGAAUUGGAAAACAAAAAUUUCUUUCGAGAAUAUAUUUUUAUCCCAAACAAUUACAAAAUAUUGGUAUAAUUUAGUUUCCCAUACAAUUUAUUAUGUGGAAAUUGAAAUAAACCCAGAUUAAUUGAAGAUAGACGGACCUGGAAUGAAAUAUAGUGAUGUCUUGUGAUCCUCUGUUAAUUUAUGGCAUAAAAUUUAUUUUCAAUGAAUUACACUAUGAGUGCUAGAGGAUUGUCCAAGAGGGAAUUGGAGGAGUUGCGAAAGAAGGAGGAAGAAGAGGCUGCGGCUCAUGUAUUCAAAGAAUUCGUGGAAACAUUUCAAGAGGUGCCGACCCCCACUUCCAAGGUCUGGGUGAAGGCUGGCACUUAUGAUGCAGGGGCCAGAAAGGAAGACACAUCAGAGCGCGGCAAGCUUUACAAGCCAGUGUCUCGUUUGGAUGAGAAGCGAGGAGUGGCUGAGGUAGAUGUGGUGCGGAGUCUCGCGGCGCGUCCCGAGCCCCCUGGCAGACCGCGCGCUAAACAGAAGGGGCAGGACAAGAAGAAGAGUAACCUUGAGCUGUUCAAAGAAGAGCUAAGACAGAUCCAAGAGGAGCGCUCAGAACGGCACAAGUACAAGAAUGUACUGCGCGAGAGAGGCGUGGUGGGGGUGGAGCCCGUGGUCGACGUCAUCCCCGAUGUCGGCUCCUACGACACCGGCGAUCCUAACACUACGAAUUUGUAUUUAGGCAACUUGAACCCAAAGAUAACAGAACAACAGCUAAUGGAAAUAUUCGGCCGUUACGGGCCCCUCGCCAGUAUCAAGAUCAUGUGGCCGCGCUCAGACGAAGAAAAAGCGCGCGGUCGUAACUGCGGAUUCGUGGCUUUCAUGUCUAGAAAGGACGGCGAAAGGGCUCUGGCUCGUAUAAAUGGCAAGGAGAUAAUGAACUACGAGAUGAAGCUGGGUUGGGGCAAGGCGGUGGUGAUCCCCCCGGUCCCGAUCUACAUCCCGCCGUCGCUGCAGCAGCCGCACCAGCCCCCGCCGAGGUCGGGGCUGCCCUUCAACGCGCAGCCGCCCAAACAUCUCGCGAACAAGAUACCGCGAGUUCGUCCCGGAGAAUAUUAUCCGAGUGAUCCGGAAGAUAAAGAAGUCUAUGAACAGAUAUUAUCACAAUCAAUAGUCAAAGUAGUAGUGCCUACAGAAAGAAACAUCCUUAUGCUCAUCCACCGUAUGGUAGAGUUCGUGAUCCGCGAAGGUCCCAUGUUCGAAGCCAUAAUCAUGAACAAGGAGAUGAACAACCCGUUCUUCCGGUUCCUGUUCGAGAACCAGUCGCCUGCGCACGUGUACUACAGGUGGAAGCUGUUCUCUUUGCUGCAAGGCGACUCGCCGAAGCAGUGGGCGCUGGAUGACUUCCGCAUGUUCAAAGGCGGUUCAGUAUGGCGCCCGCCGGUAAUGAACCUGUAUACUGCGGGCAUGCCUGAAGAACUGGUUGAAGAGGACGAUGCCAAGGAUAACAUCCGUGGCACGCUGUCCAAUAACCAGCGCGACCGCCUGGAGGAGCUGAUCCGCGGGCUGACGGCGUCGCGGCAGAGCGUGGGCGCGGCCAUGGCGUGGUGCCUGGAGCACGCGGAGGCGGCGGGCGAGGUGGCGCGCUGCCUGGCGGAGUCCCUCACGGGCGAGCACACGGGGCCGCACAAGCGCAUCGCGCGGCUCUACCUGCUGUCCGACAUACUGCACAACGCCGGCGCCAAGCUCACCAAUGCGAGUGCGUUCCGUGGCGCGUUCCAACAACGGCUGGUGGAGAUAAUGCGCGCGUGCCACGCGGCGUGGGCGCGCCUGGAGUCGCGGCUGCAGCGCGAGGGCUUCCGCGCGCGCGUCACGCGCACGCUGCAGGCCUGGGCCGACUGGGCCGUGUACCCCACCGACUUCCUCGUGCGCGUCAACGACGUGUUCCUGGGGCUGGACAAGGAAGCGCUGCCGGAGGAGGAGGAGCUGGCGGGCGGGUCGCCGCGCUCGUCGUCGUCGGGCGAGUGGGGCGGCGGCGGCGGCGGCCCGCUGGACGGCGCGGCGCUGCGGCGGCUGGCGGCCGGCCGCGCGCCCGGCCCCGCCGCCGACCUCGCCGCCGACAUCGACGGCGUGCCGGUGGACGAGGACAUAGACGGCGUUCCGCUCGAGGCGGAGACGGACGUAGAUAAGGAGCGCGCCGCGGGCGGCGGGGCCGGCGGGGGCGCGGGCGGCGGCGGCGGGGGCGGGGGCGCCUUCGUGCCGUCGCGCUGGGAGAGCGUGGAGCCGGCGCCCGCGGACGCGUGGCCGGCGCCCGGCUCGCCGCCCGCGGGCAGCCCGCCGCCGCCCGUCACCACGCCGCAGAACAACGACAGUGAAGAACAGCAGUUGAAACGGGAGACGCUCCGCGAGAUUGAAGUGCGAGUGUUGAAAUACGCGGACGAAAUGGAGGCGGGACUGCGACAGCGGCGGCCCGCCCUCACGCAGCAGCAGCAGAUACAGCACUACAGGAGGAAGCUCAUCAAGAAGGCGCUCCGCGAGGCGGCGGCGGGCAGCGCGGAGCCCGAGCCGCGGCGCCGCUCGCCCGACGACGACGCCUUCUCCACAUCAUCGAAAAAAUCCAAGAAAUCCCGAGAGGCUUCAUUGUCACCACCACCUACCAAACGGCGUUAUACAGAGCGGAAAUCUCGAUCACGGUCACGAUCGCGCGAGCGGGACAGGGAAAGAGAACGCGAGCGGGAAAGAGAAAGGGAGAAGGAGAGGGAAAGAGAACGCGAAAGAGAAAGAGAGAGGGAACGCGAGCGGGAAAGAGAAAGGGAGAGUCGCAGGCGCCGCUCGCCCGCCACGCCCCCUCACCACCACCGCAAACACAAACACAACAAAUAUAAGUACUGAUUGAUGAUGUAAAUAAAUGGUUUUAUAAGAGGA